AUGGCUAGCGAACAUCCCGCAAAGCGCAUAAAAUUAUCCUCCAGUGCCCCAGCAGAAACCAACCAGAACCACCCUGAAUCCACAGAGGAAAGUUCCCACAUCCAAGGGUUGGAAUCACUCCGCCGAUCCAUUACACCCCCAUCUCCAUCAUCCCGAUCUCAAAGGAGAUCCCAAUCCCAAUCUGCCCCACCUCAACCUGCCAAAGAUGCAGAAGAAAAAGAAGAAUGUGAAAGCACCCAGACACCGCGGGUGAUACCCUCCCCUUUCCAACUCACCCACAUCCGCGAUCUAGCCGCGUCCUCAGGGAAUAAUGUGGAUACGGUUCGAUUACGCGAUAUUCUUGGGGAUCCGAUGAUCCGUGAGUGCUGGCAGUUUAAUUAUCUGCAUGAUGUAGAUUUUAUCAUGAGUCAGUUUGAUGAAGAUGUAAGGCGUUUGGUGAAGGUGAAGGUUGUGCAUGGGUCUUGGAAGAGGGAUGCGCCUAAUCGGGUGCGGAUUGAUGAAGCGUGUUCUCGGUAUCCGAAUGUGGAAGCUAUUGUUGCUUAUAUGCCGGAAGCUUUUGGGACGCACCAUUCUAAGAUGAUGAUUCUGCUUAGACAUGAUGAUCUUGCGCAGGUUGUUAUUCAUACUGCUAAUAUGAUCCCCGGUGACUGGGCCAAUAUGUGCCAGGCGGUCUGGAGAUCUCCUCUUCUGCCCCUGCAAAGGACAGAUGAUCGGGGAGAAGACCUAACCUUAGGCAGUGGUGCACGGUUUAAAAGAGACCUACUGGCAUACCUGAAUGAGUAUGGGCCUAAAAAGACAGGUCCGUUGGUCGAACAACUUAGGAAGUACGAUUUUGGAGCUAUUCGUGCCGCUCUGGUGGCUAGUGUGCCUUCGAAGCAGAAGAUCAACGAUCUCGACUCGCAGAAGAAAACACUAUGGGGUUGGCCGGCGUUGAAGGAUAUCAUGCGCCACAUCCCUCCAGCUCAGGAGAGCAGUAAGGCUACUACACCACAUAUUGUUACUCAGAUAUCCUCCGUUGCUACGCUUGGCCAGACUGAUAAGUGGCUGAAAGAUGUCCUAUUUGCAUCCCUUUCGCCAAAAUCGACAUCUACUCGGCAACCCAAAUACUCUAUCAUUUUCCCUACGGCCGAUGAAAUCCGCCGGUCCCUGAACGGCUACGGCUCCGGUGGAUCAAUCCACAUGAAACUCCAAAGCCCAGCGCAGCAAAAGCAACUGCAGUACAUGCGGCCAUACCUUCGACAUUGGGCGGGCGACCAUGAUACGGCAGAGCCGAGUCAUACAUUCAAGCAAGACGCAGGCCGUCGUCGAGCCGCACCACAUAUCAAAACAUAUGUCCGUUUCUCGGAUGCAGAGAAAAUGGACACCAUCGACUGGGCAAUGGUCACAUCAGCAAACCUCUCCACACAGGCAUGGGGAGCAGUCGUCAACGCUUCAGGGGAGGUGAGGAUCUGUAGCUGGGAAAUAGGAGUCAUCGUAUGGCCUCAACUAUACGUCAAGGACACCGAGUCAGCCACCAUGGUCCCCAGUUUCAAAAGAGAUACUCCCGAAUCCCUCGAAAACAAAGACAACGAAACAACAACAGACACAGUAAUCGGCCUGCGUAUGCCCUACGGCCUCCCCCUAACACCCUACACAGCCCACGACACGCCCUGGUGUGCAACAGCGCAACACCUCGAGCCAGACUGGCUCGGCCAAACAUGGACCCUCGACUAG